UGCCAUAAUGUUCGAUGACUUCGGGCGCGUAAUGCCCUGAAAACCACUUUUGUCUUUACGUCUGCUGCCAUUAAUACAUGACGAUAACGAAUGACUAUUUUACCUUCAAAAUGAAAAAUGGACCUGAAAACAAAGGAGAUACUUGGAUAUGUAAGAAUGCAGAAUACUGCUCCCCAAGGAUUAAAAAAACUCCAAUGAAACCCUCACAAAUCGCUAAUCGCCUCGUAGCCCCACGCAGGAGAAUGUUGCCGCACGACAGCUCGCCUCUGCAGCCAUCAGUUCGUCUGACGCCAAUUUGCUUAUCUGAGUCGAACCGUCCGGAGCACUGCAAGUCGCUGUCGGGGUUGCAACGAAGCGUCGUGCCCAGGCCCCAACCUCCAGUCGCCGGUGCCAAGAAACAUGAUGGGGCGCAAGUCCAUCGACCGAGUAUUUGCCGAGCUGAAUCCUCUCAUCGCAAGAAGGAUUUCAGCCCCCACUCUCUUUCACCUCAUAAAGGGAGAGAGCACAAGUCCAUGGCAGCGGUGUUCUCGUGUAGUUCCUCUGUACAUAAACUACUGUCCAUAAAGGAACUUUCAAGUGAAAAAUCCAUUCCAGCUGUGAGCAUGGACCACGCCUCUCAAAAGCGCCACAGGGAGAGCGAGGAGAACGACGCCAGCGUCAAGAAGCCCUGCGUCCGAGCAGAGCCUCCAACGCCAACGCACUCGUCGAAGCAGCCCGCAAUUGCAAAUGAACGGCUUUCAUGCUCGGAACCGUCGCCCAAUUGCAAAGCCACCGCGCCGACCAAACCUACUGUGACCAAACAGCCUUUUUUAGGGGACAGGCAGCUCCAAAUACAUUCCAAUCACGGCAACAUUAUCCAGUUGAGGUCAUUUUCCAAACAAGACCCUUUCAAGCUAGCGGGACGCGACAAAAGAGACAAAACAAAUGCUGACGUCCAACCAAAACACAGCAAGCCAGUUCACCGUCGCCCUCCUCGGCAAUCCCAGCACAGUUCCUUCGACUCGUCGCUCAAGACCAUGAAACGCAAACAUCCCCACAGUCCUCACAAGUCGCCCUCUAAGUUAGACUGUUCUCUGAGUACUCCUCCGGCAAAACGGAAAAAAACACACCACCGCAGUAAGACCGUUCCCAACGACUAUGACCAAUUGUUCACCCCGAACGUCAUCCUCAAACCCGCGCUCAAGACCGCCAAGAACAAAACGGACAAGGAGACCGAGAAAAGACAGCCCCGAUGCAAACCUGCCGUCCAGAGUUCUGAGAACUCUUGUAGGAAAGGUGAAGACGCUGGAGGCACUUGUCCUGCCAAAGUUCCCAUCUCAUCUAAUCACGUUCACAUUUCCCUGCCAUAUUGCUAUGUGUCGUUAGUAAGGCUCACUAACAAGUCCAUAGGUGCUAAGUCCAAAGAUUGGGAUGUCCCUCGGUCAUGCGGGCACUCGACACACGGGAGCCUUAAGCAUGACGACAAAAACAAAGCCAAGCGACCUUCCGCAUCGCCCCGCUCUCCACCGACUAAGAGGAGCAACAAACGCGAACCACCCGAGAAUAAAGAGGAUUCGUUGGACCUGAGUCUGAGUAUUGCUUUCGAUUUGGAAUCAAGCCACACGUCCAGAAGCAGCGAUGAGGAGGAGCUUCCGUCGUUGCAGGAGAUCAUGAAUCGCGUUCGCAAGGACUCAGCAACACCGGACAAGGGCGACGUCUUCUCGGAGCCGAGCACACCUGCCGUUUCCGACGACACCUCUAAAGCUCCAAAUGUCAGAAGAAGCUCAUACAGGAACAGCCUGGACCAGAUUCUGAAAGAGAUGGACACCCAAAAGAAGGCAAAAGAGAACGAGGGGCAGCUCCGCACCUCUUGCGACGAGGAGCUGUUGAGCGUGGCGGAAUACCACGAGCAGGAGGAGAAUCGCAACGACUGCUCCAGCGAACAACAGAAAUUCCUGCAGCGCUACUCGCUGAACUCCAGCUGUGCUAACCGAGAGACGCCUCCCGGAGAAGUGGCGUUCCACCUUGACAAAUUUGGUCAGAUCUUCAAUCAGGAUUCUCUGCAGCUCAGACAAUGCACGGCCAAGCCGCAGAACACGGCGGAGAAACCGCUGCUUUGGUCCAGCCCGGCUCAGCUAGAACUGCACGUGAAUAACGGCUUGUUCCAGGAAGCUUACUGUUCUCACUCGCCGUGCCCGACUCAAAUCACCAAUUUUCUAUUCAAGAUGAUGUCGGUGCAUCCUAAGAGGUUGUUGUCUGAAAAGAUGCUGCAGGCUCUCCGUGACAUCGCCAAAUCGGCUGCCUGUAAUAUCGUGAAAAACCAAAGCCACGUGUUUACCGUGUGGGUGCCCGCAUUGGCUGAUGUGACCUUGGCGCUGAUGAACAUGGGCGUCGCAUUCGUGACGCUCUUCCCGUUUGAAAACUUGCAGCCCGCGUUCACCGAGGGCGAUUUGCUGAAGAACGUCAGCAUUCAAGGUGAACGUCCCCCUCACAACAAAGAAUGGAACACGUUCCCGGAACACAACUGCAACAACAUCUUGAAGUACCUUUCAUACUGCUUGAGCUUGUGCCCAAAAGCGUACAGCGACUACGAGCUGCUCCUGCUGCUGACGCUGAUGGCUCGAGUGGCUCUGGACCCGAACUUCAUCCCCAUGGCUGGCGAGGAGAUUAACAAGCUACUCAAUACGAUUGUGGACAACAUCAGGGACUGGGACACCAUGAUCCCCAGAAUGUGCCAGGCCCUCACCGAGCUGACCGACGACCACCACAACAUGUGUCUUCUGGUUCGACUGCUGGCUGACAACAUUCGCGGAAAAUGCCUGCGACGGCACGUUAGUCUCUCGAUGAUCUCGAAACUCUUAGACGGCACAAGUAGAUACCGACCAACGGGAAGUGAAUUCAAGCUCACCGCGCUCAAGCCGUACGUGGCUGCUAUGGCACCUUCCUCCCUCCGCCGUUUCUUUCGGAACACCUCCAGCGUGAGUUCCACGGAGGAGGACUUGAUGUUUCUGGAUCAGCAGUCCUACUACCUUUGCUACAGCCUCCUAACCUUGACCAACGAAGCUUCCAAUUUCCACUCCUUCCCAACACAUCAGAAGGUGCAUCUGCUUGCUCUCUCGUCGGAUCUGAGAGCGCACGUCAUGUGUCGCAUGAGAGAGAGCGAAACGUGUCUGUACAGGAGUAAGGUGAAGGAUCUGCUAGCCAGGAUUGAAACCAAGUGGCAGAUGAUCCUCCAUCGCAUGCAGCCUCUCAAUUCGAAGCUCCGCGACUACUGGAAGCCCACGACCGUGAGAACCUCAACGUGCAAAAAUAAUCGAGAUAGUUCCAGUGGGCUCUGUACGGGGAGCGAGAAAUUAGUAGAAGAGAAAGCCGAAGAGGAGGCGAGCAACGACUUCACCUCCGCCGAGCAGGACGCGCCUCAGAGCACUGAAACGGCAGCAACCAGUCAAGAGCUUGAAGCAAACCACACACAAGCACAAGCAAACAGUUGCCGUCAGGAUAACAUACACGAAGAGUUGUGAAAAAAAAAAACUUUUGUGUUCACGUUUGCAACGUUAAGUUAUAAGGCCUUAAUGUUACAACUCGAUUUGCACUAUCAAGCCUGAAUCCA